GACCCGUCUAUGUUUCUCAGUGAGACAAUUGGUUCCCAAAUCACUGUUAAAUUAAAUUCUGGUGUUGUUUAUAAGGGUUUGUUCUUCUAUUUUUAUAAUUACUAUUGGCGAACUAAAGCGCUGAUUUCUCAUACAGGUGAACUGCAGUCUGUUGAUGGAUACAUGAAUAUCGCCCUAGAGAAAACUGAGGAGUAUGUCAAUGGAAAACUGAGGAGAAGCUAUGGAGAUGCAUUUGUUAGAGGCAAUAAUGGUAUGUCAGUACAUCAUUAUUUAUCUAACUAUAUCUAAUAUUCUAAAUCUGCAGUUCUGUAUAUCUCAUCAUCCUAAGUGAGAAACUAAAUGCUCACUUACCCUAAUGAUUCU